AUCCGCUGCACUGCACCAGAAGUCGCUCCUUGUCCGUCAGGUAGCAGCACUAGUCAAGUGUCAGGGCGUCUGUUUUUAUGUUUUGGUAUUUUUCCUCAAUCUAUUUACUGGCUCGACCUAAUUCCUGGCCAUGUUCUGCAGGCCGUCGCCUCACCUGUAGACUUUGAGACUGCGCCACCGAGGCCUUCGGCAAGUGGGAGGCAUGCCAGUGGAGAGCGGAACAGGCGGUGCCGGCAUCGGCGGAGGUGCGGUCCGGCAGGCCAAGCAGAAGAGGAAGUCCCACAGUCUGUCCAUACGAAGAACCAACAGCACAGAACAGGAACGGUCUGGCUUCCUGCAGAGGGACGUGCAGCUGGACACGCAGGACUCCAAGCUUCCGCUCUCUCUGAGGAGCAACCUAGUGGACCUGUUCAGUCAAAUCGAGAGGGAGUUUGAGCACCUUUACAUUGAGAACCUCGAACUUCGCAGAGAGAUCGACACGUUGAACGAGCGCUUGGCCGUAGACGGGCAGGUGCCAGAAGGUGCUGACUUGAACAAAGGGACGCUAAAAGCAAAGACCAGCCACAGCACCAGUCAGCUGUCCCAGAAGCUAAAGACCACCUACAAGGCCUCCACCAGCAAGAUCGUGUCCAGUUUUAAAGCCACCACUUCCCGAGCCGUAUGCCAGCUGCUCAGAGAGUACGCGGGCCACCGAGACGGCAUCUGGGACCUGAGCGUGACCCGCAUACAGCCCAUCGUGCUCGGAACGGCGUCUGCAGACCACACGGCCAUGUUGUGGAGCAUUGAGACAGGCAAAUGUCUCUUGAAGUAUCUGGGCCACCAGGGAUCAGUCAACUCCAUCAAGUUCCAUCCCACUGAGCAGAUGGCACUGACGGCCUCCGGCGACCAGACGGCUCAUGUGUGGAGGUUCCUGGUGCAGCUGCCUAUGCCGCAGCCCGUUGCCGACGUCAGCCAGCCGCCCUGCGAGGACGAUGUGGACGUCUCCGACAAGGAUGACGCAGAAACAGAGGCGGAUGGGCCCAGCGAGUGCCCGUCGGCACGCCUGCCCAGCACCGUGCUGCGCAGCCACCAGGGCGUUGUGAUCGCCGCCGACUGGCUGGUGGGCGGGAAGCAGGCGGUGACGGCGUCCUGGGAUCGCGCCGCCAACCUCUACGACGUGGAGACCUCGGAGCUGGUGCAUUCACUCACCGGUCAUGACCAGGAGCUGACGCACUGCUGCACCCACCCAAGCCAGCGACUGGUUGUCACGUCGUCCAGGGACACCACCUUCAGGCUGUGGGACUUCCGAGACCCGUCCAUCCACUCUGUCAACGUCUUCCAAGGCCACACGGACACGGUGACGUCGGCUGUGUUCACGGUGGGCGACAACGUGGUGUCGGGCAGCGACGACCGCACCGUCAAGGUGUGGGACCUGAAGAACAUGCGCUCACCCAUCGCCACCAUCCGCACGGACUCUGCUGUCAACAGGAUCAGCGUGUCAGUGAGUCAGAGGAUCAUCGCGCUGCCUCACGACAAUCGGCAAGUGCGACUCUUCGACAUGUCCGGCGUGCGCUUGGCCAGACUGCCGCGCAGCAACAGACAGGGCCACCGACGGAUGGUGUGUUGUUCGGCUUGGUGCGAGGACAACGCCUCGUGCAACUUGUUCACCUGCGGCUUCGACCGGCAGGCCAUCGGCUGGAACAUCAACAUCCCCGCCUUACUGCUGGAGAAGUGAGCCAGCCCCUCCACUUUGCCUUUGCUUGUCCACGCGUCACGUGAGUUUUUGUGCGUCCAUCAAAAGUGGCAUCAACGUGACAGCGGGAAAUGGCACUGAGCACUGUGUGCGUAUGUACGUGUGCGUUUCACAUCACACGCCUAUUGCCUUGUGCGGGAAACUCCCCUACAAGAAGUGUACAAAAAGUAAAAAAUCAAAUCAAUCAACACAUUCACCUUGAAGUAACUAAUUGUCAUGAAUUCCUUGUAAGAGGAAUUAAACGUGUUAUGAAAUGCCUCAAUGUUUCAUCCAAUUUGUUUCAUGUGGUGAACAUAAGGAUUAAAACUAUUUUAAAAU